CACUACUUCUUUAGUGUUGUAGUUUGUGUGUUUAUUCUUGAUGAUUGGUGUUUGAAAGAAUUGUUGAUAAUUUGAGUCACGCUUAUUGAUAAGAAAUGAUUUUAAUGGUUGUUCUAAAAAGCACAAGUUGCCAUUUUCCUACGUAGUUUAAUUUCCAGAAUGUUUUCAAAGUUUAUAUUCUCUUCAGUUUUUGGAAAUACCAGUGCUCCUUUAGACAUAUCAUCAAGCAAGUUAAUAAAAAUGUGGUUUCUGGCCAUAGUGUGUUAGUUAACAAAGAAGUCCUAGGGUUUUAAAUUUGUGUACUUGAUAACUCUCAAAUCCAUGGAAGGAAGGUCUGUUCUGUUGGCUACAUUGCCAUUUGAAAUUAAAUCCAACCCACGAAAUAUUUUACUUUCACCAUCACUUAAACAUUUAUUGUUUUGCACAAAUCAAACUGAGGUAGUUUUGUAUAGUCUUUCAAAACAGUCUGAUUAUGGUCAUGAAGGGGCUCAUGCUAUUUGGACAAAUACAUUUAAAGAGGUUGAAAGUGCAUUAUUCUCUGAUGACGGAAAAUGGCUUGCUCUUCUAACGAGAUCACAAUCUAAGAUAAUAAUUGUCUAUAAAAUAACUGAUCAAAAUGUUUUUCAAGAAAAAGAGUUAUUCAUUGGAGAUACAGUUCAAUCUUUAUACUCAGAUGUAAAAAUUGAAAAUGUUUAUGAUGCAUCAGCGGUUACUUUGGAAUCAAGGACUUUGGUUUAUCUCAAUAAAAACCAAGUAGUUGUAUGCAGUUUAGUAUUUUUGUGUAGUUAUCAAUUGACAUCUCUCACUGAAGAUCUACAUAACUACUUUGUCAAUCUUCCAUCUGAUAUUAAAUGUUUCAACUCAAGUUUACGUCACAUCUACUGUCUUAAUCAUGUUGGCAUUAUAUAUAUGUAUAAUAUUGAAAAUGGCAUCCUGGAAGGUGUUUAUGACAUGUAUAUGGCAGUACCAAGAAGUGUGAACUUCAGUAAAAUGAGUAUCAAUGUGACAGACAAUCAAGUGUGCCUGUUGGGAGAUAGCAAUGAUGUUUACAUCAUAGAUAUUUCUGCUGCCAUAGCACUGUCUGAAUGUGUGUAUCAACCGCAGACAAGUGCUCUUGGAAGCAGUGAAAGUGUCUCAUCAUUCAAGACUUCAGUCAGUAAAAUGUCCACCUACUCCAGGGCAGAUUCUUUAAGGAGAGAAGGUGUAUCAACUAAAAAAAUCACUUCCAUCGCCAACGCUACUUCAGCCAGCACAAAUUGGUUUUCAUAUUUAGAGAAAUUGACUAAGAGAAGAAGAAAUGAUUCAGGUAACGUGGAGGAAUGUAUCCCCUUCAUCUGCAUCCGAGAUCUUCCCAGUGUGUACGACAUUCGCAGUCUUCAUUUAUGCCAGAACAGUCUGGGAAUUUGGGCCACCCAUUCAGAUAAAACGUCUGAUGGGUUUUACAGAGUGUAUGACACAUCCAGUGGACAGUUGGAGUGUGUGGAUAUAUUGGCUCCUGACACACAAGUGGUAUCCUUGGUCUCGCAGAGUGUAAGCUUGGAUCUCUUCUUGCAAAACUCGAGCCUAUUCCUGCCUCUUGGUUCUAUCUCAAGAGAGACAUUAAUCCAGAAGUUGGUGGUAAGCGGUGAGGACCAGAGUGUGGUUGAUGGCAUGAUAGGACAUGCAGUACUGCCACUGCCCUUGCUACAAGAUGGGCUAAAACACCAUCAGAUGGAUAUGAUCAGAUUAGCCCUCAACUUACACACUCAAGAUUUUAAAUCCAAACUGUGUGAGGAGGAGGAACUGGUACACUCUACGAACCAGCUGUUUGGCGUGAUAUCGGCCGCAGUAGAGAGAGAGGAUGGAGACCGGUGGAGUCAGCAGUUGCGAAGACUGGCGUUGACUCAUGUCAACACUCUCCUGUCUCUUCUGGUUGACCAGACCAGUCUGCAGACAGAGUUAUUACAACAUGCUGUUCUGCUAAGAAAAGAUGAUCCCUCUUCUUCUGUGGACCUACCCCUGAUUCCCCAGUGGAAGUCUUGGCUACAUGUGACUGACGAAGAAGUUAUUUUAAACACCACCAUCUCGUCUCUGCCUCUGGUUCACUGUUUUCUGGCUUUACAUCGUGGAUGGUCUGAAGAAGAACUUGAUGGCGAUAGAUUCAGUGACACCAUUCGGCGUGUUGUUGUUGGUUUGUUGCAGAAACAGGAAUUAGAUCAAACAAUAUUGCUACUAACAAAGUUGAAGCUGGAUCCAGACCAGGAGUUGCUGGCUUUAUGUUUGGAAUGUCAUGAUCCUGAUUUAAGAGAUUAUUUGGUCGCGAACAUGAAAAACAGUCUGAAACCUGAACACUACGAGGCUUGGCAGUUUAUUACACUUGUUGAAUCUGUCUUGAGAAAAUACAACCAGCAAUUCUCUACACUAGUUAAGUCACCCUUGAAGAUUUCAGAUGUUCUCUCUUUAUCUCAAAAGGACAAAUCAUAUUUCAUCGCGGACAUUUUCUUUUCUGUAGGAGAUGAAACACUUCUAAGUCACCUGGAAAGAGAUGCUACUUGGGAUUACUUACUAAGACACAAUUACAUGGAAGGCAUUCUGGCUUGGCUAGUCUCGGAAAGUCCAGAUUCAAACCUUAUCUUGCCUAUGAGACUGUUCUUGCAAUGGGGUGUAGACCAGGAAAUGAUCGACAGAAUAUCCUCAACCGAUUGUACAGAUUUUACUAGGCUCACUGUUCUCAACCAACUUGCCAGAUUUGGAAUGUUUAAAUCUGAUGAAAAAAUACACACGGAAAAGUUGAUUUUGAGAAUGGCAUUAGCUCAGUCAUUUCCUGAUGUAAAUGCUGUACUGGACCAAAAAUCUUCAAAUUUGACUUAUUCUCAAUUUUUGGAUUUAAUACUCAAACAUGCAGUGCAACAUGAUCUGGUGGACCUUGCUGCAAGUUCCAACUUGAGAGAUGUUGUUUAUGACGAAGACAGCCCUAGUUGGCUUAAGCUGUUGGAGGCACAUGCCAAGGCUGGGCAACACUCAGAUGUUGCGCUGGCUGUGCAGGAGACUACUCGAUACCUGGCUUCUCUCGUGUCAGUUGAACAGAGCUUGUAUCUCAAACACCAUCCCUUGGUGGCCAUAGUGACUGAUAUUCUUGAUAAAAACCAGAAUGUCUGUCAGAUGUACUCGCACGUAUCUCCCCUACUAGCUGCCUCAGUACCGACCAAGCCACCAGGCCAAGAUGUGACUCUAUACUCGUUGCUAGCCCAUACUGUGUCCUUCCACACUGACAACAUCUUCCAGCACCAGCUUAACAAGAGAAAAACUAAUCAUCUGCCAGAUUUUAGCAGUGAAAAGCUAAGCUUACAUCAUGGAAUUCAUCAUUCUCUUGGGUUUAAUGAAUUUUUGAAGCAAGGGAGGCCUGCUUCUGCAGUGACGUUUCUCUUGCAAAAGGGGAGACAUUCUGUCAGGAGAAAAGCUGUUGUAAAUAGUGCUCAUGGUUUGGCUCUGUACAACGCCCUGGACUCGACAGUAACGAAUGCAUGUGUUGUUUUCGCUGAGCUUCUUGGGCAAGACUCAACCUUGCUUCGAACUCAUAUAGCCACAGCUAUGGCUCUCGGGAAAACCCACACUGAGGAUAAACUGAAGAGUCAACUGCUUCAGCUGGUGCAGGGUAAGGAAGAAGGUGCAGCCAAGCUCUUGGCCGAGUUGGAAGAUUCUCUGUUUAGUUCUUGGCUGUCUGACCAAUCCAGUCAACUGUCCUGUCUCCAGCAGUGUCAUCUGGCUGUCCGGCUGUCUACGUGUCACAGCUUGCCACCUCCCGAGGUCCUACUGCGGUACAGUCUAAACACUGAUGACUGGACUCUCUUCAUUUUGGCCGCUCAACUCUUCCAGUUCCCGCUUCAGAUGGUAAAGAAGAUAUGUAGAUCCUGGUCUCAACACACUAUCAGUAAACAUUUAUUCCAAGCCCUUAGCAGAAACCAAACUGAAAGUGGAGCUGUCACAAUGUUUGAGCCAGAGACAGACCUGUUUGCUUGUCUGGCCUACCAUGGAAAUAACAGAGAUGUUUUAUACAACCUGAGUUCGCAGCUCAACAGCCCAAGUCUUGCUUUAUUGGCAUCAUCCCUACAGAUGCAAACAUUGCCGCUGGAGACAGGUUUGUGCUGGUGGCUGAUUGCAUCGUUGUCACCAGACGAUGCUGCUCUGUGCCCAAACCCACCCUGGACCCCUGAUACUGUCACUCACUUGUUGGAGAUUGUUGUCAAACAAGGUUACUUCUACACUCUAGCUCACGGCUUCUUUAUAUUCCAUGCGAUUAAUCCUUUCUGUGCACUUGCAAGUUUCUUCAUCGAAACUGUGGUUGAGCGAAGAUUCAAGGAAAGUGCAUUGAACCUAAAGGUGUUUAUGGCUGCAUUUUUUAAUCUUCCAGAUGAGGAUAAGAAGUCUAAUUCAACAUUCCUAAUGUCUAAGAGCUGGAUAGCCCUCACAGCGUAUCGAAUGGCAUGCACAGCUCUUGCUUUCUGUUUCACCUCCGGGUACCUCAGACGCUGUUUCCUCAAGGCAUUGUGCGAUGCUCAGUUCUCGGAUAUCAUGCAAUUCACACCUGUGGAAGGCCAGAAUCUACCAUUGCUCUUGCGUUUGGCCGAGUGCAUUGCUGACACUUCUCUACAACUUGACUGGCAGAGGUUGUGCCUCCAGCAAGACUUGUCACAGCUGUCAGAGGUGCUCAGUGCCCUAAUCAAUCAGCAUCUGUUCGACACGGCUGCAAAAUUUGCUCAAAUUGCCGGUCUAUCCUCUGAUCAAAUACUUGUUACUCAGUGGUCAGUGCUGGCUCAAGCUGAUGACAUCAAAGAACGAGACUUCUGGCAGCGAUGUGACACAGCCUUCCAACAAGCAAACAUUGAUCCAGAAAUAGCUAUACACUUUUACCGCUCUCAAGCACUAACUUCUAGCAGUUCACAUGAGAAAUAUGUUCUUCUGAAGUUUGGCUUGAGCUGGAUGUACAAAACCUCUGCAACAAAGGAAGCAGUAAUAUCACUUCAACUGGAACUGUACACAACAUGUCUCCAGGAUCAGUUUAAACCUGAAGUAACAACCGAGGGGGUGUCAGCAACUCCUCUACGCUGUCUGUCCCACGAGUUGCAGGUGACACCGAUACCAUCACCUCCUAAACUGACCAGUGGGCAAUACCACCAGCUAGACGCUGUCAACCACCAACAUUGGAUUGUGGAGACAUUCGGACUGCCAAAGUAUUAGC